GUCUACAAUUUGUUGAUUUGUGAUGAACGAAUGAGACUCCGUGUCAAACCGAUUAAUCGAAGCGGUUACGAAUACAAGAUAUCCGCCAUUACGCUUGUAAAAUACAGGCAGGUCAGCUUGAAUUUCUUAACCUUUUGUUGAAAUUUCGAAUGGAUCAACAAAGCAUGACUUUACUACACACUUCUGGUCCAAUCCAACCGCCUUCAUCAAACGCCCCUCCCCAUCCCAGGCGGCUGAAUCGUAAAGGACAUGGACCAUUACAUGGAAAUUUACAAACUGAACGUUUGUCCCUGAGCGAGGAAGCAAAAUUGCUAUAUUCGCAAGAAAUGUCAUCCAUGCCUAGUAAAACUCCAGUCAGUGUCCUCCAAGAAUUAUUGAGUCGUAGAGGAAUCACUCCAAAGUAUGAAUUGGUGCAAAUAGAAGGUGCUAUUCACGAACCUAUAUUCCGUUACCGUGUAUUUCUCAACAACGAUCUUGUUGCUACCGGUACCGGAAGAUCUAAGAAAGAUGCCAAACACGCUGCUGCAAAGAACUUGUUAGAUCUCUUGGUUGGAAAAGUCACCCCUGAACAGGCUAAUCAAACAAAUGGAACGCCUGGAGCUGUUGAUAUCACCAACCAAGUGGUAUCACCUUUCGAUGAUAAAGUGAUGGGGAACCCCAUCGGCUGGCUCCAGGAGAUGUGCAUGUCCCGCCGUUGGCCACCACCAUCGUACGAAAUGGAACAUGAAGAGGGACUGCCUCACGAAAGACAAUUUACCAUCGCCUGUCAGGUUUUGAAAUUCCGAGAAGUUGGUACUGGCAAGUCCAAGAAACUAGCGAAGAGAAUGGCAGCUCACAAAAUGUGGCAAGCUUUACAAGAUUUACCACUUGAUGGUAACAAUUUACCUAGUGUAUUUGGAAGCUGUGAAGAUUUUGUUAAUAAACUCGGAAGUGUUCAGAAUCGUUACUCAGGUUUGAAAGAUACUAAAAUUACCAAAUUGAGUAAUCAACAAUCUCUCAAAGUGGCCCAUUUCCAUAAAACUUUGAAAAAUGCUGUUGGACAAAAAUUGGCUGAAUUGCAGACUGUUGCUAUCAGCUCCAAGGAUUUCAACUUUGUUCAAUUCCUACAAGAAAUCGCCACCGAACAAUCAUUUGAAGUAACUUACGUUGAUAUUGAAGAAAAAUCUUUGGCAGGAAACAUUGGCCAGCCCCUAUGUUUGCUUUUGAAACAAUCACCGUUACUAGAUGAGCUAUGUAUACAUGAUAUGGUCCCAACAGCAGGAUUAGCAGGUGAACUUAAUCACGUUGAUACAAAUUGCAAAGUUGUGGCAUAUACAGGAAAAGAGUGCUACCAACAAGCUUUACAAAAUUCCAAGUUGGUGGUAGUAUUAGCCUCUGCACCUAAUUCUGAUCAAAAUCCAGAGAAAAUGUGGUCUGCAAAUGCUAAAAUUGUUCAAGAAAUAGUUACAAAUGUUGGCAAAUAUGCAAACAAGGCAUUUUUGGCAAUUGGUACAAAUCCAAUUAACAGUUUAGUACCUAUGGCUUGCGAAAUAUUAAAAAAACACGGUUGCUAUAAUCCUAACACUAUUUUUGGUAUCACCACUUUAGAUACUGUCAGAGCGAAUACAUUUGCUGCCCGGGCUCUUGGUCUUGAGCCUGAAUGCGUACUAGUACCGGUGAUAGGAGGUCAUACAGAGGAAACUGUAGUACCAGUUUUAUCGAAUACUAAACCUACACCAGAGUAUACCCCCGAAGAAAUAGAAAAUAUCACAAUGCAUGUAAAGAAAGCAAACGAUCAUCUAAUGAAAAUGAAACCGGGCGAAAAUGGCGCAUUGGCUAGCGCAUUUGCAUGUGCUAGAUUCAUUAUUUCUUUAGUAAAAGCAAUGAAAGGUUAUCCAGAUAUUAUCGAGUGUGCUUAUGUUGCUUCUAAAAUUCACCCUGAUGCAAAAUAUUUGUCAACCCCUCUUCUGUUAGGGACUGGUGGUAUAUCGAAAAACCUCGGUGUACCCAACCUAACGGAAUUUGAAUCUUGUAAUUUGGAUAAUGCAAUUAUGCACUUGAAAAAUGACAUUAAACAAGGAGAAUCGUUUGUCGGGGUUAACGAUAACAUCGAAUGUGACCCUUGCAAUAUACAAGUACCUAGAUGUCCCAGAAAUUGGUGUGAAUACAAGAAAGAUCAAAAAAAUAUGUAAUAUAUAAAAAAACUUUUUUCAUUCUGGUCCAGUAAAUAAAUUAAAAAUUUUCAUCUGCAAUUGAAAUGCUUCAAUUGAAACAAUGAUGAGGACAAGGAAGUAUUCGAUUGAUUAAAACUACUUCUACUACUA